GUACUACGCCUAUCUUCAGCAAGCUCAAGCUUUCUACGCGUUUCCGUUCCAUCAGAUGAUGACUGCGGCGCCCAACAUGGAAAUCAUGACUGAGCAGCCGACUCUAGAGGGCGUUCCAGAGCCAAACAUUGCUCAGGAGCCUCCGAAAGAAGCUAAAAAAGGAGGAAGGAAAAGAAAAGCCAAAGCAACUGAGCCAAAGCAACCGAAAAAGCCUGCUGCUAAGAAAGAAAAAUCAGCCAAGUCAAAAGGCAAACAAGAAAAGAUCACAGAUACUUUCAAAGUCAAAAGAAAAGUGGAUCGUUUUAAUGGUGUAUCUGAAGCAGAACUUCUGACCAAGACUUUACCUGAUAUUUUGACUUUUGAUCUAGACAUUGUAAUAAUUGGCAUAAACCCUGGCUUGAUGGCAGCUUACAAAGGACAUCACUACCCUGGACCUGGAAACCAUUUCUGGAAGUGUCUGUUCAUGUCUGGUCUCAGUAAUGAACAGCUGAACCAUAUGGAUGAUCACACCUUGCCACUUAAAUACGGGAUUGGAUUUACAAACAUGGUUGAAAGGACAACGCCUGGAAGCAAAGAUCUUUCCAGCAAAGAGUUUCGGGAAGGAGGGCGAAUUCUGAUGCAGAAGUUACAAAAGUACAAACCUCGGAUAGCAGCUUUCAAUGGAAAAUGUAUUUAUGAAAUUUUUAGUAAAGAAGUUUUCGGAAUAAAGGUUAAGAACUUGGAAUUUGGACUGCAGCCACACAAGGUGCCAGACACAGAAACUCUCUGCUACGUUAUGCCGUCAUCCAGCGCAAGGUGUGCUCAGUUUCCUCGUGCGCAGGAUAAAGUGCAUUAUUACAUAAAGCUGAAGGACUUGCGGGAUCAGCUGAAAGGCAUCGCGCCCAACACGGAGGUGCAGGAGGUGCAGUACACGUUUGACCUGCAGCUUGCACAAGAGGAUGCCAAGAAGAUGGCUGUCAAAGAGGAGAAGUACGAUCCAGGUUAUGAAGCAGCGUACGGAGGAGCUUACUGUGACCGUGCACCGUAUGAAGGCGAACAGUGCGGUUUCUCUUCCAACGGAACCGCAGGGAGCAAUCCGCAGUACUGUGAGGGGUCGUCCUUCGGGGAAGUUCCUCAUGGACAAUGGAUGACACAGUCCUUUGCAGACCAGAUUCCGGAGUUCAGCACCGGCAUGACGCGGGAAGAGGAGGGAAGCAGCGCGUAGGAGCUCUUCCGUCUCGGCUAUGCAUACAUGCUGCAGUUUUAAUGCAGUGCUCAAGAUUGGUACCUCGGUUCUCCAACUGAAGCAUUUUCAUAGUAUUUUAUCUCCGCUAGUUAUUUUAUUAUAGUCCAGAGUGAGUGUGUGGUAGGCUCAAAUCAAUGAACUAGAUAAUUUUAAGGAACUGCCCAAACUUUUUAAAAAAAAAAAAGUUAGCCCUUUUUUGUAUAUGAGUUUUAUAUUUAACGUGUACCAUUCCUUGCAGAUUUUGACAAACUGCUUUGUCAUUUGUGAAGAUUUCCUUGGAGUGUUAAUUUUAUUCCUAAAUCAUAAUGUAGUCGUGACAGCAGCAGUAUACUUUUUACUGAGGCCUCAAUGUUUGGAUAAUCUCACAAGCCUUUUAUAUCCAGAGGGAAAAAAGGGAGGGUGUACCCUUACCUUACAUGAGGUGCUGUUUUUAAUCAUGCUCAGUUAAGCAAACUGUGCUUUUUAAGCCUGCCUUUUACCUU